ACGGGAUGCUCUGAGACCAUGCCAUACACUGACAGCGUGUGCGUCUCUCUGUUAUUGAUAUUCUUUGGUCUUUGAAAAAGCUGUUGCGUUGUUUGCAACCUCGGCUGCAGAAGGUGGAAUACGCUUGGCAUUGUGUUUGUUGCCAUGGAUGUAAGGUCUUCACUACUAAUGGAUCAUUAAGGCCAGUCAGUAUCUUCACACAUCACGCACAUGCUCUCAGAGGUCAUUUUCAGCUUAUAUGAAGACAGAAUUAGACUCAAGCCCACACCAUGCCCUCGUAAUCAGGAGGAGGAAAAAAUGUGAGAUAAGAUAAGUCGCUCUUCUUCAACCAACAGGGAACUUAAAAAGAAGAAAAGCUUCUGGAUGGAACAGGAGGCAGAUCAGACCAUUGACGGGUUGAGCCUGGACGACAACUCUCUCGGGCAGAUGAAGAACACCAACCGGCAGCGACCGGCUUUCACUCCUGUGACUGAUGCCGACCCCAAUGCCAACGAGAUCCACUCAGGGGAGACUGGCACGCGAGAGAGAGGCUGGAAGGAUGGCAGCCCGGUGCCCCCGCUGGUGUCCCAGAAAGACACCCAGAAUCGUAUCAUCAUUUGGGACACUGACGCCGAGUGCCAGGAUAUCUCUCUGGAGGAACUGGAGCUGCUGGAAUGCCAGGAGGUGGAGGAGUUCCUCGUUAAAAGCAGGAAGACCGGAGAGUACCGGAAUGCCAGAGGGGAAGGACGCAUGAAAGGUGUGCUGCUCGACAGACAACCCAAGACCAUUAACACUGCUACUACUUGUAGUAGUACCACCAGCAAUAGCGGCUCUGGCUCAGCCAACAGUAGAGGCUAUCAGCAAAACAACAACAACCACUGGAGAACCGGAGGCAGCGUGGAGGAUUUGGAGUGCGCAGUUGCGCAGUCGUACGCUCAGUCAGAGAGCCUGCGGAAGGCCCGCUCCAACUCAGAGGGCAAUGUGUUUGCCUCGUCCUCGUUCUCCACUGUGCCUAACUUCAGCAGUAGCCUGGCCAGUGCUCUGGACAGCACUGGCAGCCAUGCGUCCCAGUACGCCUACCCUACCUCAGCCCAGAACCAGAGCUGGAGCCAGCAGCACCAGCCAGCCCGAGGCCCGGCACUCGAAGUGGACCAAAACCACAACACCAUGCUGCCUCAGGGAAGGGGCCCGGGACAACCCGGCACUCAUGUCCAGGGCUACGCCGUUGCACAGAGCAAUGCAAACAGGAAGUACCUGCCGAGGAGGCUGGUGGCACCCAAGCAGAGGCUGGAGGAUGUGUUUGGGAAAACGGGAGACUGGAGGCAGGAGGUCAGCGGCAGGCAGCAGACAAACGGAGCGUCCGGCGAGAGGAAGAAGAGUUGCGACGAGAGGGUGCCGCCAUGUCGCCGGCAGCUUGUACGGCCGUUUUUAUCCGAAACCAAACCGGAGCACACGUCUUGGGCUUCACCUGAUCCAAUUCCCCAGCCAGCAUACUCCUCAGCAGACUCGCACCACAGCAGUCAUAACCAGCAUCUUGUCCAUAGGGUUGCGUCACAGGCCAAUGGCAGCUCCCAGUACUCAGUCCAAGGCUCAGGGUCACUGACGGGCAGGUCGAACCUAGCGGGGCCCUGCUCUAGCCUAGAGAGAAAAGCUCCAAUCACUCCCAGGCUGUGCCGGAGCCCCAGUGGGGCAGAUUCUCCCCCUUCGCCCAGAGACACAGGGUCCCCACGGAGACAUGCUCCCACGUCCCCUCCCAAACCUCGGCAGCGGGGAUACGCCAGCGCCACCACUACCAGCAGCAGCUUCCUACGGGCGCCUGUCAGGACCAGCCUGGGCACGGGCAUCCCAACCAAACCACCUGUCCAGGACCGUCCACAAGCAACACCUCAUGAAAAGUCCUCACCACCCAAGUGCCCGCCGAAGCCUAAGACAGUUCGACCGAAGAUCAUCACAUAUGUCCGCAAGGGUCCAGGUCCGUCCGCAAAGCCUCAGUCCCUGGAGGGCCCUCCUCACCAGGUGUCCUCCCUCCCCUCGCGCCUCAGCUCCUACCCCAGCCACCAGGCCCCCUGCGAGGCCAAGUUCAGAGGUGAGGACUCCGCUGGGCCGGUUCUCAGUGCCUCCAACCUGCUGUUUGAUAAGUACCGGCAGGAAAUGCAGAAGGCUCAGCAGCAGUUCAACCCUACUGGUAUGGCCGGAUCAGGAAUCAAGACCCCCAGCUAUACCAUACCCCACAAACAGACCAGUAGAGCAGACAGCUUCUAUGGGUCCCUCAACAGCAAGUACAUGCCUGGAGGGCUGUAUCAUUCACAGAUGAACAGACCUUCAGGUCAGUUUGGAGGUUUGGGCCCCGGACAAGCCUCAGGGUCUGAAGGAGCCCCUCAGAGGACUCUGAGGCCCCAGCUAGGAGUUGCAGGUGCCGUGAGGGGCCCGACCAACUCUGCCACCAAGAACCGCACAUUCCCAGCAGCAGGUCAAAAUCAACCCGUGCAAGCCGUCAGUCCGGCCCCACAGAACCUUCAAAACACCUCUGGACCACAGGCAGACCUGAAGAAACCCUCUGGGAGUCUGAACUCCAAGUCCCAGCUGCCCAAACCAUCUCUGUCCGGUCUGCGGCCCCCAGGCUACUCCCGGCUGCCCCCGACCCGUCUGACCGCCUUCGGCUUCGUGCGCAGCUCCAGCGUGUCGUCCGUCUCCAGCACCCACUCCGGAGAUAGUGUCCGCAGCGACCCAUGCAGACCAGCUCUCCGCCCCAGCAGUGUGAGCGAUGAGCCUCCGUUCCACAGGAUCAUCUCCCCAGCACCAGGGGGCGCUACUCGGGCGUCCUAUCAGGGCAGCCCCCAGCCGCCUGCCACCCCCGCUCUAAAACGCCGCUCUCUCCUCCCACCACCUGCCACCGCUUCUAAGAAGGAACUGCAGAAGAAUUCAGAAAUUGCCCGACCAGCUUUAUCUUCCCCUAAACGACUAGCAGUGGUCUCCCCCAAACCUCAAUCACCAGUCCCCAGCAGACAGAGGCCCGUGGCGGCGGUCCAGAGGGUGACCCUCAGCACCUCCCCCAAUAAGAAUGCCCCGGAGCCGUCUGCUCCUCAGAAGGAGGGCCCGUCAGAGGAGGAGGUGCAGCGUCUGCAGGAGCGCUGCGAGGAGCAGGCCAGGCAGCUGGAGCGGAUGCGUGCCGAGCUCAAGAAGACCACGCUGGGCCUGGAGGCCUUCGCCAUCUGCACACAGCACCUGUGUCUGCAGAGCCAGACAGCCUCUGAGAGGGAGAAGGAGCUCUCUCUGGAGUUGGACAGGAUUAAGGAUAAAGUGGCCUGCAACAGGGAGCAGUUGGAGCACGUUCAGAAGGAGAAGGCUGAGCUCGAGCACAACUUCCACCAGGAAGUGCAAGGCCUGCAGGAGAAACAGGAGGCGGAGCUUGCGGCCCUGGAGGCGGAGCUUGAGAGCCGCCACUCAUCCGAGCUGGAGCACAUCAGGGCAGAGUAUCAGUCUGAGGUGGAGGAGCUGAGGACGCAGCAGCAGGAACAGAUUGCUGAGAUGAGUGUGAAUCAUGCGUCUGCCAUGGAUGAGCUGAAGACCAUGCAGAACUUCACUAUGGCGACUCUGCAGGAGGAACACACCCGUACCAUGAGAGACCUGAGGAAAGCCCAUGAGCAGCAGAAGAGCAAACUAGAGGAGGAUUUCCAGGAGUUUAGACUCUCACUACAGGACCAGGUGGACACCCUGACGUUCCAGAACCAGACCCUCAAAGACAAGGCCAAGAGGUUUGAGGAAGCGCUCAGGAGGAGCGCUGAUGAGCAGAUAGUGGAUGCCCUAGCCCCUUACCAGUACAUAGAGGAGGACUUGAAGAGUUUGAAAGAAGUUCUGGAGAUGAAGAACCAACAGAUUCAUGACCAGGAGAAAAAGAUUUCAGAACUCGAGAAAAUGCAGGCCCAUAAGAACGUGGCUCUGGAGGAACGGGUCCAAGUGCUGCAGCAGCAGAAUGAGGACCUGAAGGCUCGCAUUGACCACAACCUAACCAUCUCCAGGCAUCUGUCGGAGGAGAACGCCACUCUGCAGGUGUCGGUGGAGAAGGAGAGCAACGAGAAGAAGCGUCUGAGCCGCAACAACGAGGAGCUGCGGUGGCGCCUGCAGAUGUCACCCUGCGUUUCGCCCAGCCACCGCGCCGCCACCGCCGCCUUCUUCCCGGCCUCCGCCGAAAUCCCCCCAUACACCUACUCGCCUGGCCCGGGGACCCCCGUCCACAGCUACUCGCCGGGACCCGCCACCCCCACCCACGGGUUCUCAUCGGGGCACGGGACCCCCACCCACCGGGCUCUGCCUCUCUCUGGACCGGGCAGCCCGGUCCCCAGGUGCUCCCCCGCCAGAGCUCUGGCUCCCUGUGUCGACACACAGUAGUGGUGCGAGGCAGGAGUGUGUGAAUGUGGACCGUACAGGUAUACCUCCCAUCCUCCCAGCGCUGACUCAAGGAGCUACGCUAACAGCAUACUGCCAGACAGACCUGAGCUACCAGCUACUCUCUCAGUUCCUUUUUUUAAUCACUUGAUCACACAGAGCCCAGAGACAAUGGUUUUCUAUUUGUUUUAUAGUCUGACUUUCAAGCAGUAAAGAGACAGUGAGAGAGAGAGAGAGAGAGAGAGAGAGAGAGAGAGGGAGUCAGAGACUUGCAGAAUAGAGUGAGAGAGGUAGAAAGGAGAAAGAGAUAAUUGUGCAGUUAAGACACAGAGUGCUGGGAGACUGGGAAAUGAGAAUGAGAGUAUGAGAAUGAGAGAGAGAGAGAGAUUUAUUUGUAGGAUAUUCUAUCCCCUUGGUUGGGUGAUUAUAGUAUUUAUCAGUGGACAUUUUAAACAUUCCUCUUCUGCUUUGGUCUUCCAUGAGUUGCAGUGAAGACCUCCUCUCUGGUCUGCCUCCACUCAGGUCGUCUGGCAUGAGACAUCAUCCUCUCUGUAUUUCGUAAGUUUACACAAAUACACACAAGGAACCAAGCACUGAGGAUGUACUUACCUGUAUUUAAAUAGAAAUUGUAAUAAUCUCAAUGAUUCUUUAUGUUAGCCUUUGUAUCUACAGUAAAUGUAUUUAAUGCUUUCCUACUCUUCAUGCAUGUGCAUUUGAAAGUCUUCCAGUCUUGUAUGACCUAAUAGAGUACUCUUUGUUAGAUUGUUAUCAUAGAUUAACGGUCAGUCAGAUCUCACGUCUUCUGUAUGCAGUCACCUCACAGAAAUGCGUAUAGAAAACACUUGGUGUGGUUCACUUUUAAAUGACCUCUAGUCUUUGGUGCACAGUUCAAAGUCAACACCAUAGCAGGGAUGACGAAGCAGGGCUCUAUGAAGUUAACUACUCUUAGAUGUAUUUUGGAAGUAGCAGCCGAGCAAUAGAUGUAGUCAGACACAAACCCUCUUCAAAGUUCUUCAGUGAUGCUCUGAAGCCUAAGGCCUGCCUAUACAGAUCCAUUCUGCUCCUGCUAGCCUAUAACAGCCAUUUACUUGAAAGAGUGUUGGUUCCUCACCAGUGAAAACACUUCCUUUGGCCAUGGUGCUUCCUUUGAAGAAAAUAGGAAACUAAUGCAGGUCCAACUCCAGCUCCCAUAUGACGACCAAUGAAUGGAGGCCAAUGCUUCUUUUCUGCCCUAUAGCUAACAAAAAGGAAUGUACCAGCCUGUGGUUGAGCCUUAGCCUGGCUAACGCCAAACCUCAUCUCAUUGAGAUGGGGUCUGGGAACUACACAUUCAUUUUCUCGUAUUUGAGAUGUGGUUUACGAAUGCCCAGAGCCGUU